GUUUUGAAUCGUUUUUCUGCCUUCUUGAAUUAUUUUGAUUUUAAAAAAAAAAUAAUUCUGCAAUCAAAGGUCACAAAGGCCGCGUCAUUUCACAGGGUGAGAGGUCACCAUGGGGUCGGCAGUGGAGAGGAUGGAUGAGUAUGUGAGAGAGUAUCUGAUGUAUCGUGGCUUCACGAACGCGCUCAAACACCUGGAUACAGACAUCAAGGCCGACAAGGAGAAAGGCUUCAGGGUUGACAAGAUCAUUGAGCAACUGCAGCACCUGGUGUUCACCUUUGACCUGUCCGGUCUGAAGGAGUACUGGCUUUACCUGGACAGACGUCUCUUCUGCAGACUGGAGGAAGUUUACAGAGUCACCGUCAACAAGCUGCGGACCAGCCUGUACAGAUAUUACAUUAUCAGCGCCGUCCAGAAAGGAAACACAGAGAAAACUCUGGAGUUUUUCCAGAAACAGGCGGCAGAGCUGCAGGGUCAGGCUGAGUGGCGGGAUUGGUUUGUCCUGCCGUUUAUCGCUGCCCCUGAGCAGAACCCCACCUUUUCACCGUAUUUUUCUCGACAGUGGGCUGACACCUUCCUGGUUUCACUGCACAACUUCCUGUCUGUUCUCUUCCAGUGUGUGCCUCAGCCGGUCUUGUUGAGUUUUGACGCUGAAGUCCAGAAGAGGGCGAAUGUGAUGGAAGAAAACGAGCAGCUUCGCCAGCUGCUGUUUGCCCUGCAGGGGGAGACCAAGGACCAGUCUCAGGGAGAUCAGGUGGUCCACCACAAGCUGCCAGUUUAUGUCCAGAACAUGGACCGACUGGGCGACACUGAACUAGACCUGGUGUCCAGCCAGCGGGCCGUUAGUGCCGCCACCACCCCUUCCAGAAAUUUCUUCUCUACAUUCCUGCCACAGGGACGGCGGACUCCGGGGAAAAUGGCCCACGGUGCCACGGGGGGGUCUUCGCCCAGCCAGGGAGCACUGGGUAGAAAGGAGCCAUCGACCAAUCAGAACGCAAAGUCCAAAGAGGCUCCAGUGAAAGAACCUGUAAAUGUCCAGAACCAGCCCACAAACCAGACCACACAUUCCAGAACCAAGAGAAUCCAAGACUAUGAGAAGGAGAGGAAGGAGCUUUUCUCCAAACCACCUCCACAGACGCCAGAGAAGAAGGGGGAGAUGGAGGAGGCGGAGCUUCCCGUUGAGGCCUCCCCUGAUGCUGUUGACUCUGCCUCUUCAUUGACCAACAGGAGCUGUGGAGGGUCUACAGAAGGAGGAGGUGUCUCCAUGGAGCAGCCCUUCAUCAAGCUCAGCCAGGAGGAAUAUGGAGAGCAUCACUCCUCCAUCAUGCACUGCAGAGUGGACUGUUCAGGUCGCAGAGUUGCGAGUUUAGAUGUGGAUGGCGUUGUCAAGGUGUGGUCAUUUAACCCGUUGAUGCAGACCAAAGCUACCAUCAUGUCCAAGUCUCCUCUGCUUUCUCUGGAGUGGGCUGCCAAACCCGACAGGCUGUUGUUGCUUGGGAGUGGUGUUGGCACAGUGCGACUUUAUGAUACAGAUGCCAAGAAGAACUUAUAUGAGAUGAACAUCAAUGAAACCUAUCCACGGAUCUUGUCUUUGGCCUGCAGUCCGAGCGGUUCAUCCUUUGUGUGUUCUGCGGCAGCGCUCAGUCAUUCUGGAAGUGCUGAUUCUGUUCCUCGACUUCCGGUUCCAGCUUCUGGACAGCUGCUGCUUUGGGACACAAAGACAGUCAAACAGCAGAUCCAGUUCUCUUUAGAACCAGAACCAGUGGCCAUUAACUGCACCGCCUUCAACCACAAUGGAAACCUGCUCGUGACCGGCGCCGCUGAUGGAGUCAUCAGACUCUUUGAUAUGCAGCGUUACGAGAGCGUGAUGAGCUGGAGGGCUCACGAUGGCGAGGUUUACAGUGUGGACUUCAGCUACGAUGAAAACACCGUCUUCAGCAUCGGAGAGGACAGAAAGUUCAUUCAGUGGAACAUCCAUCGCUGUGGGGUCAAACAGUCCGACCAACUUUUACCUCAAGAUGCCACCGGACCCUUUGUCCUCUCGGGAUACAGCGGAUACAAGCAGGUUCAGGUUCCUCGUGGUCGACUCUUCGCCUUUGACUCUGAAGGACAGCACGUUCUGACCUGUUCCAGCUCCGGAGGACUUGUGUACAGGCUGACCAAUGGGGAGCCCGCACUGGAGAGCGUGCUGUCGCUGGGUGGGCACAAAGCGCCAGUGGUGACAGUUGAUUGGUGCUCGGCGAUGGACUGUGGCACGUGUUUGAGCGCCUCAAUGGACGGAAAAAUCAAAGUGAGCACGCUCCUCGCUCAGAAGUCUUGAGUCCACACUCAUCAAUCCAGAUCCACUCUUCCAGAGUUCUAUUAGUUGAGUUCCAUUAGACAGAAUGGCAGCAAACUGGCAGAUGUUCAGAUGUUUUAACAUACACCCAAAUCAAAUGUUUAUAAAAUGUUCCAAUGUUGCAUCAUAAUAUAAAAAUAAAAUGUUUUCUCCGGAGUGUAAAAGAGAA